AUGAAACUCCAGUCCCUGGAGCGCAAGUUUGUGGCGCGUCGCGCGCUGUGGUCGGAUGCCGUGGAGGCGGCGGCGGUGCUGGACACGCUCAUGGCCCUCGCGGGCGCCGCCCUCGCGGCGGAGGGCGUCAUGAGCCGCCCCCGCGUCCUCGACCCCCUCCCCUCCCCGGCCGCCGACGGCGCCGCCGCCGCCGCCCCCAACGGCGCCGAGGGCGACGCGAACGGCACCAACGCGGCGCGCCCUGUUGGCCCUUUCUUCCACGCGACCCAGCUGCGCCACCCCGCGCUGCUCUCCGGCGGCGGCGGCGGCGCGUUUGUCCCGAACGACGUGCGGCUGGGGGGCGGCGCGCCGCGGCUGCUGCUGCUGACGGGGCCCAACAUGGGCGGCAAGUCGACGCUGCUGCGGCAGGUCUGCCUGGCGGCGGUUCUGGCCCAGAUCGGCGCGUGGGUGCCUGCGGAGGCUCUGACCAUGACGGCAAUGGACGGCAUCUUCGUCCGCAUGGGGGCGCGGGACAACAUCCUUGUGGGCCAGUCCACCUUUUUUGUGGAGCUCAACGAGACGGGCGCCAUGCUGGCCCGCGCCACACAGCACAGCCUCGUGGCACUGGACGAGCUGGGCAGGGGGACCGCCACGCUGGACGGCGCUGCCAUCGCGUCUGCAGUGCUCGACCACCUCGCACACACCACAAAGUGCUGCGGCCUCUUCGCCACCCACUACCACCAACUGUCAUCAAGCCCCCACCCUGACGCCCCCGCCGCCGACGGCGAGGCGGCCGCGCCCGCGGCGGCGCCGAUGCACAUGGCGUGCGCGGUGGCGGGCGGCGGGGAUGGGGAGGGGGCUGACGGCGGCGGCAGCGGUGGGGGGAAGAGCAGCGCGCAGGAGGUCACUUUCCUGUAUCAGCUGACAGAAGUGGACGAGCCGCAAGCAGGGCCGCCGCAGCCGCCCACCCCGCUGACCGUGCUGCUCGCAUCGCCAACCAACUGGACAGGCGCCUGCCCAAAGUCUUAUGGCACCAACGUCGCCCGCCUGGCUGGCCUGCCUGCCCCUGUCGUGGCGCGCGCGGCUGAGGUGUCGCGCGCCCACGAGGCGCACGCCUCUGGCGGCGCUGCAGCGGCGGCGCUCGCGUCAGACCCUCUGCUGCGCGCCGCGCUGGAGUGCGUGCGGCGCGCGAAGCGGGUCGCGGCGGCAGCGGUGGCGGGCGAGGGGGACGCGGCGGGGGCGGCGGCUCUGGCGGAGUUUGAGGGGGCGCAGCAGGCGGCCAGGGAGGCACUGGCGGCCGCUUGA